AUGGGUAAAAGAAAGAAGUCAUCAAGAACUCCAGUUAAGAGAGUGGUUCAAAAAUUGGAUACAAAAUUCAAUUGUUUAUUCUGUAAUCAUGAUAAGUCUGUUUCUUGUACAUUAGAUAAGAAAAAUAGUAUUGGGACUUUAAGUUGUAAGAUAUGUGGACAAUCAUUUCAAACUAGAAUCAAUUCGUUGUCACAGCCUGUGGAUAUUUAUAGUGAUUGGUUUGAUGCUGUAGAGGAAGUUAAUCAAGGGCACGGUAGUGAUGUAAAUAGUGAUUCUGAGGGGUCAAGUAGUGAUUAUGAAACAGAUUCUGAUGAGGAAAGAAACUCAUCUACAAGGAUUAAAUCUGGGUCUUCUAGAGUAGUAGUGGAUUCAGAUGAAGAAGAAGAAGAUGAUGAUGAGGGUCAUAGAAAUAUAAAAGAAAGUAAUAGGGGUAGAAAUGUACUUGACAGCGAUGAAGAAGAUGAAGAUUAA